AUGCCCUAUUACAGGCACUCGAGAUCACCAGUACUAUUUAGCAACCAGUACCAUUCGAGAUUACUGCUCGAAGCCGAUUAUUGUAACGGUGGAGAUCGAUGCAUGAUGAUCCGGAUCAUUCGUCCGAAACCGUCAGAACCGGACGACGUAGAAGAGAUCGGAAGCUUUGAUCGUGCCAUCGCGAUAAUUCGUUAUGGAAUGCGGCUACUGGGCUUCUGGCCACAGGAUACGUGGUUCCUCUGCAAUUUACAGUGCGGCUCGAUCUUCAUACUGAUCGUCCUCACCGUGUUCCCUGCGAUUGUACAAACAUACUCCGUGCUUUACACGGUGACGGAUUGGAACUCGGUGAUGCACGAGAUCCUCGGUACAGUUCCAAUAAUUCCGCUCUUGGCGAGAUUCGUCUUCAUGAAAGUGAUGGCCAGGAACUUCCGGUUCAUUCUCUACACGAUGACCGCCGACUGGGCGAACUAUCGCUACCUGGCGAAGCGGAGCCGACAAAUCAUGAUCUAUUACGCUAAAAGAGGCAGGCGGUUCAGCAUACUUAGCACUAUGCUUCUGAUGCUGGCGACAAUGGGAUUUAUGUUAACACCGGUCGUGAAUAUGUGGCGCAAUAACGGUGUCUGGAACGCAACGAUUAGAACCCUGCCACAGGAAGGGCUCUAUCCCUUCCGCGAAAAAGAGUCGCCCGUGUACGAGAUACUCUACGUCGUGCAGUCGUUAACAACGUUCUUUAGCACCACAGCAUUUGCCACCGUGGAUUGCUUCCUGUACAUCAUCGUAUUCCACGCGUGUGGACAGUUCGACGUACUCGCCGCAACCCUUAAGCAAUAUGACGGCUCCAUCAGACACUGUUACACGAAGAACGCGCGUAACUGCGCUUGCCUCUCGUGCAUCGUCAAACUACACGUGCAUAUUCUAAGCACGUUCAACACGGUCGACACAGUACUGUUCGCCCAGAUAUUGGCCGCGUUCAGCAGACACAACUGUUGA